UCUUGGUGCGCUGCGCCCGUGGCUACCAGGCUCUAGUGGCCGCGUGCUACGAGGAGGCUGGAGCCACGUAAGGAAGAUGGAAUUGGCGACUCGCUCCCAGAUCCCUAAAGAAGUGGCUGACAUCUUUAACGCCCCCAGUGAUGAUGAAGAGUUCGUUGGUUUCCGAGAUGAUGUUCCCAUGGAAACUCUGUCAUCGGAGGAGAGCUGUGAUAGUUUUGACUCUCUGGAGCCUGGGAAGCAGCAGGAUGUUCGUUUCCAUUCCAAAUACUUCACAGAAGAGCUAAGAAGAAUUUUUAUAGAGGACACUGACUCAGAGAAUGAAGACUUCGAAGGAUUUACGCAGAAUGAUCUGAACGUAAACAGUAACCCAGAAGUAAUGCUCGUGGAGUCAGAUUCAAGUGAUGAUGGCAAAGCAUCCUUGGUGAGUGAGAAAGAAGAAGAUGAAGAGGAAGAAAAGGCUAUACCUAGAAGAGGCAGGUCUCGGAGAAGCAGUAUUGGCCUACGAGUAGCCUUGCAGUUCCCAACCAAGAAAUUGGCAAAAACAUCAGAUAAAAAUAGUUCUUCUGAGCUGUUGUUUUCUAGCUCACAUUUACAGGAUAGUAAAAAAAAUCUUGUAAGAAAUAAAAGCUGUAAACAGGCAAAGGAAACGGAAGAUUCUGCCUCUGAGUCUGAGGAUGACUCCAGGGACGAGAACCAGGAGAGCUCGGAUGCUCUGCUGAAGAGGACCAUGAACAUCAAGGAGAACAAGGCCAUGCUCGCUCAGUUAUUGGCAGAAUUGAACUCAAUGCCAGGUUUAUUCCCAGUACGAAUGCCAACCUCAGCUUCGAAGAAGAAAACAGUGCGUCGGGCCUUCUCAGAGGGACAGAUCAUCAGGCGCACAAACCCAACCCGAAGUGCGCGGCCCCCAGAGAAGUUUGCUCUAGAAAACUUUACCAUCUCUGCCACCAAAUUUGCUGAAGAGUUUUAUACAAUCAGAAGAAGGAAGACAACUAGUGGGGGGAAAUCCCAGGGGCAUAGACGACGUCGCCGUAUAUCUUCUUUUCGACCAGUGGAGGAUAUUACUGAACAGGACUUGGACAAUGUUGCCAUAACUGUGCGAGAUAAAAUCUAUGAUAAAGUUUUGGGUAACACGUGCCAUCAGUGUCGGCAGAAGACCAUUGACACCAAGACAGUGUGUCGGAACCAGAGCUGUGGUGGGGUACGGGGACAGUUCUGUGGUCCAUGCCUGCGGAAUCGCUAUGGGGAGGACGUGAGAUCGGCAUUGCUAGACCCGGAUUGGAUGUGUCCUCCCUGCCGUGGAAUCUGCAAUUGCAGUUAUUGUCGAAAGCGUGAUGGCCGUUGUGCCACGGGGAUCCUCAUUCAUCUGGCCAAGUUUUAUGGUUAUGAUAAUGUUAAGGAAUAUCUGGAGAGCUUACAAAAGCAGCUGGUGGAAGACAAUUGAGAGGAACCUGCGAAGUCAGCAUGGGGUACCCCCAACAAGAAGUGCAUACCAUUUGUGCCUAAGAUUUCUUACAGUUGUUUUUAUACAAAAUUUCUUAUAGAGUUGAUGAAUACUAUUUUUUUUUUAAAUGUUUAUAUGCUUAAGAUUUCUCAGGAACAUAGCAGAGGAAUCUAUGUGUGUGUGUAUAUAUAUAUACACACACAAGCCCUGUGUGGUAUCUGCUGAUGAUUCAAAAGCACAAUUCAAAUGGGGCAGAGUUAAAAAUUUAGGAAAGUUACAGAAAAGACACAUAGAAGCAGCCUUUAACUUCCUGGUCACUCUAGGCUAUUUUUACAGGACUUGUUUUUCUUGUAGUUUGCCUUACCUUGAGUGACCAUAGCUCAAACGGUAAUAAUUUAUCCUCCUCUAGAUUGCUGGAAAUUUGUACUGAAGAUUGUUCCCUAAAAUUACAAAGUGCAAUUAAUCAUGGAACGCGAGUGAACCUAGGGUUUUGUGGACUGUCAGGUUACAGACACUAGAGGUCUCACAGGGCCUGCUGCUUUUCAAAGAACUUAAGGGCUAAUUUUUAAAAGAUUUUCAUGUUUAAUAAUAACUGAAUCCCCCUUCCUUCAGCUGCACGUCUGUUUGAUGGAACCUUGGUGAAAAUGUGACAAACUGUUUUGUGCAAGUUGAGGAAGGGGGCUUCAGGAGGUACUGAGGAAAGCUAAAAUCAGUGAACAUAGAGACUGAACAGGUGUCUGUUAUUUUUUGUACAUUUGCUUCUUUUUUAAGGAUAGUAUUUUAAAAAUGAAUGCAUGUGUAAGUUACUAAAAGUUACAUAAGUUGGAAUGCAUUUUAUGCCUUUCAGUAGAAAAAAAAGUAUACAUGCAUAAUAAGAACAGAGACAAAAUGAAAAGUUCUCACUGUGUUCCAGCCGAGGAACGUUAAGUCCCAGUGCAAGGACCGUCUUACGCUUCUAGCAACAGAGCCACACCUGCCAACACCCAUUUAGCCGUCUUCUCUUUGCUUUUUAAUCUGAAAGUCCAGACGUAGGUGGGACCUCUGGUUUUGGUUUUGUACACAGGGCACGCGUAAGUGUGUUUGGUUUCUUGUCUGUCCACGGGUAUGGCUUUGGCAAAGAUGACAGGCAUCAUGGACUUCAACUCCUUGAGGCGAGCUUCAACAAUGGUUCCUGACUGGGGGUCCCAUCGGGCACCUGUGGCAAAAACACAACUGUUGCAACAGUAUGGCAUGUUGAUAGUGAUUGUUGGAUGCAAUAAAUGUUCUGGUUUUGUCCUG